AUGGAGCGCGGCACACUCCUGGCUCAGCCCGGGCUCUGGACCAGGGACGCCGGCUGGACACUCCUCUACUUCCUCUGCUACGUCCUCCCCCAGAGCGCCCCGCAAGUACUCAGGAUCGGAGGGAUUUUUGAAACUGUGGAAAAUGAACCUGUUAAUGUUGAAGAAUUAGCGUUCAAGUUUGCAGUCACCAGCAUUAACAGAAACCGAACCCUGAUGCCUAACACCACGUUGACCUACGACAUCCAGAGAAUUAAUCUUUUUGAUAGUUUUGAAGCCUCACGCAGAGCGUGUGACCAGCUGGCUCUCGGUGUGGCUGCUCUCUUUGGCCCUUCCCACAGCUCCUCGGUCAGUGCCGUGCAGUCCAUCUGCAAUGCUCUUGAAGUUCCACACAUACAGACACGCUGGAAGCACCCCUCGGUGGACAACAAAGACUUAUUUUACAUCAACCUUUACCCAGAUUACACGGCUAUCAGCAGGGCGAUCCUGGAUCUGGUCCUCUAUUACAACUGGAAAACAGUGACCGUGGUGUAUGAAGACAGCACAGGUCUAAUUCGUCUGCAAGAGCUCAUCAAAGCUCCCUCCAGAUACAACAUUAAAAUCAAAAUCCGCCAGCUGCCCUCUGGGAAUAAGGAUGCCAAGCCUUUACUCAAGGAGAUGAAGAAGGGCAAGGAGUUCUACGUGAUAUUUGAUUGUUCGCAUGAAACAGCCGCUGAAAUCCUCAAACAGAUCCUGUUCAUGGGCAUGAUGACUGAGUAUUAUCACUACUUUUUCACUACCCUGGACCUGUUUGCUUUAGAUCUGGAACUCUACAGGUACAGUGGCGUGAACAUGACCGGGUUCCGGUUACUGAACAUUGACAACCCUCACGUGUCAUCCAUCAUCGAGAAGUGGUCCAUGGAGAGGCUGCAGGCCCCGCCCAGGCCUGAGACUGGCCUUUUGGAUGGCAUGAUGACAACUGAGGCAGCUCUGAUGUACGAUGCCGUGUACAUGGUGGCCAUUGCCUCCCACCGGGCAUCCCAACUGACCGUCAGCUCCCUGCAGUGCCAUCGACACAAGCCAUGGCGCCUUGGACCCAGAUUUAUGAACCUGAUCAAAGAGGCUCGGUGGGAUGGCUUGACUGGGCGUAUCACCUUCAAUAAAACCAAUGGCUUGAGGAAGGAUUUUGAUCUGGACAUUAUUAGUCUCAAAGAAGAAGGAACUGAAAAGGCUGCUGGCGAAGUGUCUAAACACUUGUAUAAAGUGUGGAAGAAGGAAGAGCCCUAUGUGAUGUACAGGAAAUCUGAUAAGCCCCUGUAUGGAAAUGACAGAUUUGAAGGAUAUUGCCUGGACCUAUUGAAAGAAUUAUCAAACAUCCUGGGUUUCAUUUACGAUGUUAAACUAGUCCCCGAUGGCAAAUAUGGGGCCCAGAAUGACAAAGGGGAGUGGAAUGGGAUGGUUAAGGAACUCAUAGAUCACAAGGCUGACCUGGCAGUGGCUCCUCUAACCAUCACCUACGUGCGGGAGAAAGUCAUCGACUUCUCUAAGCCAUUCAUGACCCUGGGCAUCAGCAUUCUCUACCGGAAGCCCAAUGGUACCAACCCUGGCGUCUUCUCCUUCCUCAACCCCUUGUCUCCAGAUAUUUGGAUGUAUGUGCUCUUAGCCUGCCUGGGAGUCAGUUGUGUGCUCUUUGUGAUUGCUAGGUUUACACCCUAUGAGUGGUAUAACCCCCACCCGUGCAACCCCGACUCAGAUGUGGUGGAAAACAAUUUUACUUUACUAAACAGUUUCUGGUUUGGAGUUGGAGCUCUCAUGCAGCAAGGAUCAGAGCUGAUGCCCAAAGCUCUAUCGACCAGAAUAGUUGGAGGGAUAUGGUGGUUUUUCACCCUAAUCAUCAUUUCAUCCUACACUGCCAAUCUUGCUGCCUUCUUGACAGUAGAGAGAAUGGAAUCCCCCAUAGAUUCAGCAGAUGAUCUGGCAAAGCAAACCAAGAUAGAAUAUGGGGCAGUCAGAGAUGGAUCAACGAUGACCUUCUUCAAGAAAUCAAAGAUAUCCACCUAUGAGAAGAUGUGGGCUUUUAUGAGCAGCAGGCAGCAGACUGCACUGGUAAAAAACAGUGAUGAGGGCAUCCAGCGAGUGCUCACCACCGACUACGCCCUGCUGAUGGAGUCCACCAGCAUUGAAUACGUGACACAGAGAAACUGCAACCUCACUCAGAUCGGGGGCCUCAUCGACUCCAAAGGCUAUGGAGUGGGAACGCCAAUUGGCUCUCCUUACCGGGAUAAAAUUACGAUCGCUAUUCUUCAACUCCAAGAAGAAGGCAAACUGCACAUGAUGAAAGAGAAGUGGUGGCGUGGGAACGGCUGCCCCGAGGAGGACAGCAAGGAGGCCAGCGCGCUGGGGGUAGAGAACAUUGGGGGCAUCUUCAUUGUUCUGGCUGCCGGACUGGUCCUUUCUGUAUUUGUAGCUAUUGGAGAAUUCAUAUACAAAUCACGGAAGAACAAUGAUAUCGAACAGAAAGGAAAGUCAUCAAGAAUUAGAUUUUAUUUUAGGAACAAAGUAAGGUUUCAUGGGAGAAAAAAACAAAGCCUUGGUGUAGAGAAGUGUCUCUCUUUCAAUGCCAUCAUGGAAGAACUGGGAAUCUCACUCAAGAAUCAGAAAAAAUUAAAGAAAAAGUCACGAACUAAGGGGAAAUCUUCCUUCACAAGUAUUCUUACUUGUCAUCAAAGACGAACUCAGAGAAAAGAGACUAUGGCCUGA